AUGAUCGACGACAUCAAGCGCAUCGACUCAAUGAUAAAUGCGCUUCGCAAUAUGAAACAGGACAUCAAGCGUCAGCAGAAACUAAGUGAAAUAAACAGUUUAGACCUGUCGCCGAAGCAAGCUCAAAAGCGCAAUGCCGAUGCUGACUGGAUUGCGAUGGAACAGAUUAAGCGUCGGCAUGAGCUGCACGCUCUGUCUGUUGAGCUUGGGUUCGCUGAGCGCCGGGAAAGUUAUGCUCCAUUUGAAUUAACUGACGGGUGGCACCGAUUCGACCACAAGCCGCGCGAACCUCAAUAG